AUGAGUAAAGAAGAUAAUGAUUUAUAUCAUCCUGGCUUGUUUGAUAAAGAGGAUAAAUCACAGAUAGGAUUAGGUCGAGAUGAAAAUUUAUCAAUUCCUCAAAACUCACUAUAUGAAAGCACUGUUAUUCCUCAACAUAAAUUUGAAACUAGACACGUAACUGUUUUUGGGUUCUCUUUACAGAAUCGAACCAACAUAAUUGAAAAAAUCAAUCACAUGGUUAACGCCACUAGAGUAGAAGAAGGGAAGAAUUAUUUAAGUAUUUGGUGUGAUGAUAUUAGUGAGUUGGAGGAACUGAUUAAACUUAAUCAGACCAUUCACAACGGAGAAAUUAUAGGUGCAUUUAGAGUUAAUUUUGGAACGACUAAGAAUGAUUCCAUAUAUGCUAAGAGAAGUUUUUUAAGGUCAUUAUUUGAUAAAAUUUUUUAA